AGGAAGAGGAAGUGGAGGAAGUCAGGCGAGAAGGAGGCAUGUCGCGAGGAGGCAGGGAUGAGGGGCACAGGCAAUCAGGCAAAAUGGCUGGACGACCCACAGGAGACAGACAGAUACGGCCCGGCAACACUGGGCACACAGCAAACCCUUAUUCGUCCAACCAUGGACCCACCCAUCAACAGCCAGCCAAUCAGCAGCAGCAGCAGAAGAAGCUGAGGGAGCGUAGCUCCAGCAGGGCGCCGUCAGAGGACGCCCACAUCGCCAUGAUGGUGUUCCGCAUCGGCAUCCCCGACAUCAAACAGACGAAGUGUUUGCGGUUCAACCCGGAUGCGACCGUGUGGAAGGCCAAGCAGCAGGUGCUGUGUUCUCUGACCGAUUCGUUGCGGGACGUGUUGAACUACGGCCUGUUCCAACCAGCCACCGACGGCCAUGACGCCAAGUUCCUGGAGGAGGAGAAGAUGCUGCGAGAGUACCCACAAUCCUUUGAGAAGGGUGUACCAUAUCUGGAGUUUCGCUACAAGACCAGAGUGUACAAACAGACCAAUCUAGAUGAGAAACAGCUGGCUAAACUGCACACUAAGGCCAGUCUGAAGAAGUUCAUGGACUACAUCCAAAGUGGCUCUGUGGACAAGAUGGCCAAGUUCUUGGACAAAGGGCUUGACCCCAACUACCAGGACCCUGACACGGGAGAAACCCCCCUGACAUUGGCGGUGCAGUGUGAGCCGGGGGGAGGGGAGGCCAUACGGGUGCUGGUGCUGGGAGGGGCUCAUCUUGACUUCAGGGCCAAGGAUGGACUCACACCACUACACAAGGCUGUCCGCAGCCACGGCCACACAGCCCUACUGACGUUGCUGUCUCUGGGUGCAUCUCCGGACUAUAAGGACCGGCGGGGGCUGACCCCGCUCUACCACACUGUGCUGACAGGGGGCGACACCUCCUGCUGUGAGACCCUGCUCCACCACCGUGCCAAGCUGGCCGUCAGGGAUGAGAACGGCUGGGAUGAGACACACCAGGCCUGUCAGAAUGGCAACGCCCAGCAUCUGGAGCACCUUCUUUUUUACGGGGCAGACUCCACUUCCCAGAAUGCCUCAGGAAACACUGCUUUGCACAUUUGUGCUUUAUACAACAAGGACAGCUGUGCACGAAUUCUACUAUACAGGGGAGCCAAUAAGGACACAAAGAAUAACAGUGGGCAGAACCCAUUUCAGGUGGCUGUCAUGUCCGGCCAUUUUGAGCUAGGAGAGAUUAUCAAAAACCACCGGGACACAAAUGUAGUACCUUUUCUUGAGUCUCCCAAAUACGCCCCUCAGAGGCGAGAGAGUGCGCCGCGGACCCUGGCACUGCCCCACCCUCACCCCUUCCUGCGUGCCAACAGUGAUAACAGUAUGAACCUGCCUGACUGGAUGGCACUGCCCAACGCACCAGGCUCCAACAUUGUGUCUGUACAGGGCUAUAAGCAUUCAGGUACCCUGCGUAGCUCCAGUAGUCCCCGUGGGGCGCGGACUCGCUCCCCGUCCCGAGGGAGAGCAGGGGAUAAGGAGGACAGGAGUCGGCAGAGUCGGAGUUUCUGUAGCGUGAAGGCGGGCACUCUAACCACAAGGCCACUGAGUUGGUUGUGUACUGUAAUGUAUGUGCUGUGUGCUGAACGCUGCCCCCCUCUGGCCAGGGCGGGGUCUGUCAGCAGCAGUGCGGUUACGGCAGCAGGGGGCCAGCGGAGGCGUCUCUACAGCGCCGUCCCAGGACGUGUGUUUGUGGCCACGCGCUCCCACUCCGCCCAGGGAGACAGGGAGAUCAGUAUCAGCAAGGGAGACAAAGUCAAAGUGCUGAGUGUGGGCGAGAGAGGGUUCUGGGAGGGCACGGUUAAGGGACGGACCGGCUGGUUCCCCUCAGACUGCGUAGAGGAAGUGGCAGUCCGUAGCCAGGACAACCGCUCAGAGAGCCGCAGUGAGAAAGCCAAGAGACUGUUCCGCCAUUACACCGUGGGCUCCUACGACAGCUUCGACGCUCCCAGUGACUAUAUCAUCAAGGAGAAGACAGUGCUUCUGCAGAAAAAAGACAGUGAGGGUUUUGGCUUUGUGCUGAGAGGAGCCAAGGCUCAGACUCCCAUCGAGGAGUUCACCCCCACCCCAGCCUUCCCAGCACUGCAGUACCUGGAGUCUGUCGACGAGGGAGGCGUGGCCUGGAGAGCCGGUCUGAGAAUGGGAGACUUCCUCAUUGAGGUGAAUGGUCAGAAUGUGGUGAAGGUGGGCCAUAGGCAGGUGGUCAACAUGAUCAGGCAAGGUGGAAACGCCCUCAUGGUCAAGGUUGUCAUGGUAACACGCAACCCUGACAUGGAGGAUGGCCAAAGAAAGAAAAUCCCCCAGCAGAGUAAAAGACUAAGCACCCCAGCCAUCGCUCUGCGCUCCAAAUCCAUGACCUCAGAACUGGAGGAGAUGGGUAAGACAUGGGGGAGACAGGUUGGGUUCUGGGUAGUGAAUGAAAGAGAGAAGGACAGAGGAGGAAAGGGAGACCAGGAAUAUAAAGAGAGCGAAAGAGCUAGCACAUAUAGAAGGAAUACAACUGCUACCCCCUGGAAAAAGAAAUCUGGUACGAUUCACAAAUUCCUUUUAUGCUUUGUGUUUGUAGCUAUUAAAACUGCAAACGUCUCUGCUAGCCAGUUAGCGUUCAGUCAGCUUUCUGGGUUUUUCCGUUUCCUUUCAGAAUUUGAGUCUUCACAAGUUACAGAGAAGAAGAGGACAGUCUAUCAGAUGGCUUUGAAUAAACUAGAUGAGAUUCUGGCAGCAGCUCAGCAGACAAUCAGCACCACUGAGGGGCAAGGGACGCGGGGUCAGGGUACAAGGAGAGACAGGAGCCGGGGCUCCUUUUACGGCAACGAGCCAAAUUACGACCAAUCAGAAAUUGGGAUGACAGGACUGGGCUAUGACCACGCCCAGUUCACAUCAGGCCACGCCCCCCCGCACGGUAUGCUGCGACAGAAAUCCAUUGGGGUGACUGAAGAGGAGAAGUCCCAUCUCAAUCCUCCGGCCAUGAAGUUUGCCCGUAGUCUCUCGGUUCCCGGCCCAGAUGACAUCCCCCCGCCCCCCACCACUGCCCCGCCAGACCCCCCCUUCUCCUCCGCCCCGCCCCUGGGCUGGAGAGGGGGCAAGUCUUCCCAGCAGCCCUCUGUGGCCGUGUCCCAGUCCACCUCCACGGCAGCCCACUACCAGCUCUACUCUCAGUCUGUGCACUUCACCCACGGGGGCCGUGAAAGGGCAGGGGGCCCCAGCACCGGCCAGGGAGGCGGAGGGGUGGACCACACGCACCAGUACUCUAAUGCCCCCGCCCACUCCGCUCAGAGCAGGACUGCCUCUAGGAAAGGGGGCUACCCAGGGGAGCCUGUUGGAGCAGGGGGAGGAGGGGGGGCCAAGGCUGCAGGUCUAAGGAGGGGCCACAGUAACGCCCCACCUUCCAGCGGUGCCACAGUGAUGCCCCAGCAGCAGCAGACCACCCAGAGCCAGGCGCAGCGGGCAGAGCGCAGUGCUGCGGGGGGGGCUGGAGAGGGGGUACCUAAAGGAGGGGGGGCGCGGAGAGGGAAGGGCCCCCUGGUGAAGCAGUCCAAGGUGGAGGACCUGCGGGCUAGCCAGGGCACGCUGGGAGGCAAGGCUCCAGUGGAGAAGAGCUCCAUCCCCAUCCCCACCAUCAUAGUCAAGGCCCCCUCCAUCAGCAGUGGCAGUGGCCGAAGCAGCCAGGGUAGCAGUGUGGAUGCCGAGCCCACCCCACCAGGGGAGACUGACAGAACCCAACCCCUCCACGGACCCCCUUCCACCCCAGCCCCGCAACCCCCUGCUCCCCCCUCCAUCCCGGCCCCUCCACCCCCCUCCCUCCGAGGCCAGGAUAGUGACUUCACCAGCCAAUUUGGGGCAGCCAUUGUGGGCGCAGCCCGCCGGGACAGGGAACGCUUCCAUGAGGCCCGCAGGAAGAGCGCCUCCAUCUUCAUGUCUGCCGAGGAGGAGGUGGGGCCAGGGGGAGGAGGGGCAGGCAGGACUCAGGCCUCCCAGCAGCAGCAGUUCAGCCCCCAGCCUGGUGGCCCCUCCCCACGCCUCCGGCCUUCCAAGUCCAUCGACGAGGGCAUGUUCUCUGGAGACACCUUCAUCCACCACACCCGCAGCAUGCCCCCUGCCUUCGGCCUGCCGAGUACUCCUCCCCGGCUCCAGACUACCAGCCCAAGUCUGUUCCGGCUGACUUCUACGGGGCGUCAGGCCGGCAGCAGCAGCAGGUCCCCUCUGGCACCACUCAUCCACCCCCUGACAGGAAAGGUCCUGGACCCCUCGUCCCCCCUGGGCCUGGCCCUGGCUGCCAGGGAGCGCGCCCUGAAGGACGACGGCAAGAUGAGGAGGGAGAGAGGGGCCGAGCACCAGUUUGGACGACAGAUGUCCAGUGUGGUGGCAUUCCCCCCCCAGGCAACCUCCCCCACGCCGGCUUCCUCAGCCACCCAUUCCUCCAGCUCCUCCUACCUGGUCACCUCCUCCUCCCUAGCCGCCACCACCUCCUCCACUGGCCGACCCCCCUCCCCCAGGAUCCUCAGGGGUGCAGGCUGGGGCGAGGAGGGGGGAGGAGGGGAGCGGGAGAGGGAGGGUGGCGGGGCCAGAGAGGGGCUGAGGGUGCGCUUCUCUGAGGACAAAACAGUCCACACGCAUCACUACCAGUCCCAGCACUAUCAACCAACCUACAGGGAGGAAAGACAGAGGGAGAGGUCAAGAGAGAGGGAGAGGUCAAGAGAGAGGGAGAGGUCGAGAGAAAGAGAGCGGGACAGAGACCGGGACAGAGAGGGGUACAUGAGGCAGCAGACAGCCCCUACCCAGCAGCCCCCUCAGCCGUCGUCCCAGCAGUCUCGCCCGCCCUCCUUUCUGAGGAUGGAGAGUGAGGCAGGUGCCUACAUCCUGUCUCUCACCCCUCCAUCUCCCCCUGCUACAGCCGCCCCAUCUCACCCUCAGGGGGGAGGGGGUUCUGCGGGCAGUGGCCUCAUGGUUCUGCCGCCCCCUGCCCCCUCGGUGGAUGUGGAUGAUGAGUUUGUCUUUGCGGACCCACUGCCCCCUCCCCUGGAGUUUGCCAACAGCUUUGACCGGGGUAUGGGUGGGAUGUCAGGGUACACACACCGCGCCAUUAUCAACAACCUGGCCUCCCGCCAGCAGCAGCCCCCACCGCCUCCCCCUCCUCCCCCACCACCCCCUCCAAAAGACAUGUUUAUCAGCGGGUUCCCGGCCCACAACCCCCUACCCUCCCCACAGGCGGGGGACUCCACGACCUCCAGCCUUACCUCCUAUGACAGUGAGGUGGCCAACCUGACCCAGUCAGGAAACUCCCCCACUCAGACAUCACCCAACCCCCUCCCUCCACCCUCACCCUCCGGCCUCCAGCCCAUAGGACCUCCGCCUCCCCCCUCUGUCUCUCCCCCACCCCCACCCAGCUCCUUCCACAGACCCUCCCUUGCCAUGACCCACUCUCACCACCUCUACAACAGCACGCACACCGGGCGCUCCUCCCCUUCCCAUGGGCGUUCCUCUCCCACUCCUCCUCCCAAAGGGCGCUCCUCCCCCACUCCUCCUCCCAAAGGGCGCUUCUCCCCCACCCAGGGUCAAUCCUCCCCCACCCAGGGUCGCCCCUCCCCCAUCCAUAGGAGCUCAUCCUCCACUCCUCGUCCCCACUCCAUUGCAGGGCCCCCAUCCUACCAUGGUCCCCCUCCCAUCUCCUCCACCGCAGCCUCCUCUGGCCCCUUCCGGGGCUCUGCAGCCCUGACCUCCACUGCUACCUGUGCAACCACCACCACUGCUGCCACCACCACGAGGACCUCAGUCCAGCCCCACCAGGACAGGACACACCCAGCCCCCUCUGGUUCUACAGCGGCCGGCCGCAGGAUAGGGGAGCACCACCCUCACCCCACAGCCAAGGCAGGGGAGUCCCAGGAGACGGUGGUGGACUCUGGGAUAGAGGAGCUGGACAGCCGCAGCAGCAGUGACCACCACCUAGACAGCAUCCUGGCCAUGAGCGGAGGCGCUAGAGAGAGGCUGGAAGAGAGGCUAGAGGGAGGAGGAGGGGAGGGAGGAGCAGACCUCCUGGAGUCGUACAUGAGCUACCUGGACGGACAGACGUUUGACAUGCACAACACCACGGCCGCUGUCUCCACCUACCCCAAAUCAGGCAGGUUCAGGGAGGGGGGCCGCGCAGCUGAACUACGCAGAGAGACCAGUACCGCCCCACCCUCCUUCCAGUCACACAGACGGAGGGAGGAUGAGGAGGAGGAGGGCGAGGAAGGAGAGGAGGAGGACGAUGGAGGACGGGAUGGUUAUGGGAAGACACAGAAUUUGGGGCGUCCCACCUCGCCCUACUUUGACCGGCCCCGGACCCCUGAGAUGAAGCCUCUGUGGGGGUCAGAGGGUCAGUUAGUAGGGGAACAGGGGGCCUACCUGGAGGCCAGGAGGCUGUACCCCCCCAUGUCCAGCAUGAAGGCCAGCAUCAUCAAUGAGCUCAGCAACAAACUGCAGCAGAGAGGAAGCCAGAGAUCGCUAAGUAGACACAGAAACAGGUUUUCAGAAGACUCCGCCUCGGCCCUGAGCCCCCCCUCAGUUCGUUCCCUGUCCCCCUCCCCUAUCCACCACUCCCAGCCCGCCCUGUCCCUGUCCCCCACCCCUUCCUCCCAGUACCCCAACUGGAACCGUCCCCCGUCCCCCCAGCCCCCUGUGGCUGCCGUACAGCCCCCUCCACGCCCCAACUCCCCCAUGUCCUCCCCCACCUACUCCCCUUAUCCCACCUCCCCUAAACACCGGCCUGUGUAUCGCACCAAAGCCCUGGAGUUCCAGUUCAUUCCAAGUAGAGAGUCCAGGAAGGCAGAGUCCCACCACCUGCAGCGUAGGCGAGCCCCCAGUCCCCUCAUAUCCCCCUCAGAGAGGCCCAAACUGGGUCCACCCCGCCCCUCCUCCCUCCCCCUCCUCCCUACCACACCCCUCUACAGCAGCCUCUACGAGCUCCGCGGCUCCAUCACCCCUCCCUCGCCCGCUAACCACAUGGGUGACCCCUACUUCUCCCCCUCCCCUCCUCUCUUUGCCCCCUCUGGCGCCCCUCCUCCCCCAAACGCCUCCCUGUUGGUGUCUCGCUCCCUCUCCCCCACCCACUUUCUAUCUGGUACCUCAUCACCUCCCCUGCACCCUCUCCCUGCUCCCCCCUGCCUGAGCUACCCCCACCUCCCUCCCCCAUCCCCCUCCAAGCCCUUUGCCUCCAAGCCACUGCCUUAUUGGACCAAAUAUGACGUGGCUGAUUGGCUGGGAUACCUGAACCUGGGCGAGCACCGGGAGCAUUUCCUGGACAACGAGAUCGACGGCACUCACCUGCCCUCCCUCACCAAGGAGGACUAUCUGGACCUGGGGGUGACGCGCGUGGGACACCGCAUGAACAUUGAACGUGCUCUGCAGAGAGUGACUGACAGGUAA